GUUAGAAGCUUUCAAGUGGGAUUGUAACAAAAAUUGUGGGUGUCUUAUUCAACAAUGGGUUCUAGAUACUGCUUAAGAAUUCUUUUUGCCUUGUUUCCUGCUUAUGUAACCUGUUGGGGGAAUUAUGAAGGGAGCAUGCCAACAGCUAAUAUGCAAAGAGCUUCAUCUCACACUUUCCCAGUGAUUCGCCAUGAGGUUAAACAAAUAGGAAGUUGGAAUGACCCUGCCUACAGUUCUGUUCACCUGCCCCACAGUCAAGGCACCCAUGGAAGUUAUAAUUAUCAUAAGGGGAGAGUGUUUGCGGGCUCAAAUAUAAAAUCAGAUUCAAAAGCUUGUGAGACUCAAGCUAUACGUGACAAUCAAGAAAAUAUUAACUUUAAGCCUUCUGCUUCUGUUCCAACAUAUUGCUUGUCAGGUUUUGGUCAACCCUCUGCUCAAUAUGAGUCUCGUACGGCUGCUGAUGCCUUAAGUGUCCAGCCUAGUAGCCAACUGGCUUCUACUUCAUCUCAGAGUGGGUCCACCUUGAUAAGAAACCUAAAGGUACCCAACCCCUUAAAACACUCUAGAGGUGAAUCUAGUAAUGAGGUGGCUAAAACUUCUGGAUCUAGCAACGUCUUUGCAGUGAAGCCUCCUAAAAACACAUUUGGCCAUAUGGAGUUCAACUCUGAAGUUUCUAGAGACCCGCAUGCAAGAGACCCAAAUCUUGGAUCAACUUCUAUCUUAAGUCGGAUGUCCCAUCCACGUAGUUCAUCUAAAUGGAGCCAAAGCACUAACAAAGUCCAGACAGCCAGUAGCAGUUAUGGCCCAUUGCUGAAGGAAAUGUCUAUGUAUUCGAGUAUGAUUCCAAGAAAACCCUCUAGUAGUGGACUUCAGUACACUGAGGUCAAGCCUUCGGUUGUUAGCUCAGGUCCAAUCAUUGUUGUUAAAGGUGGAGGAAGUGCUCAAGGUCAUGGGGGCUAUAGUGGGCAUCCCGAUUCUGUAAAAUCACUUGGAGUUCCCAGUCAUGUUGAUUCCUAUCAGGCCAGUCAGACUUCUAGAGAUACUAGAUUGACUACCAGUAGUCAGGGCCAGUCAUGGAAUGAACCUCUUCACUACUCCAUGAUUGGUACUCAAUACAGUCCCAGUCCUGAGCUAAGAAAGCCUUCCAAAAAUGACUGUAGGGACAGUGUGGAUGAAUCUUCAAUUGUCAGCUCUGGUGGGAUUCUUCUCAAAGCCCCAGAAAGUACUCAUAGAAAUAAGUUACCAGCUCACUAUGAAGCUACUCACCCCAAAUUCCAGCAGGCCUACAAUGUCCACGGUCAGCCUAGUCAAAUCUAUAAGCCCAUGUAUCCCUCUCGAAGUGGGGCUCAACACGAUGUUGCAAAGUCCUCAACUGCCAGUUCUGGAAAAAUCCUGAUAAUGCAAGGUCCUACCAAUUUUCAAAGUAGAACAGAAUCCAAUAAACCCAAAGUUCUUCCUAGCUUUCCAGAGCAUAGGAUAACAUUUGCCUCUGGUCAGACUGCUCCUCAAAACCAGCCUUUUGAAGCAGCCAGAAAUUUCAGAAAUGUCUGGCCAGCCACUAGCACUUCCCGGACUAGGUAUCAGACCUUCUCUUCUGUGAAGGGACCCUCAUACAAACCAAAUUCUAGGCCCUCAAAACCUUUUAGAAGUGAAUUAGGAUUCAGUGCCAAUAACCCCACUACUGCUGGAGCUAAUGAGAUCAAUACAGUCCGUGUUAGGCUUAAUAAAGCACCCACAAGCAGCUUUGGUAACUUUCAGAACCAAUGGGCUUCUGGUGAUGUUAGCAGUGGUGCUUUCCAAAGGUCCUUAACUCGAAGUUACCUGGGCCAGAGGCCAGGUCAAAAUGUACAAAAACCUGUUUGUUCUUCAGCUCCUCAAUAUCAUGGUUCCAAAGCAGUCCAGAGCCAAUUCACUGCAACUCAAGGAAAUACAGAUUACACUAGGCACAUUACUGCCAUUCCAAGUGAGUUCGGCCAAGGUGCCAUCCGAAGGCUUUCUCCUACACUUUCCAGCAACUACAGACAAGCUGAACAAAACCAGCCUCAAGUUAACAGAUUGGAUUCCUCUGCUCCUGAAUGUGUGGUGGCCCAAAAUAGCCCUGCAGGUCUUGGUCAGCAGGGCCUAGUCACAUUCCAGGGAGUUAACCUCCCCAUCUAGAAUCAAUUCUCAACAUCUGUUAUAAACCUUGAUUAGGUGUGCGUUGAGGAGGCUGUCAGUCAUCAGGCUCUGGUCUCUGCAAGGACUAUAGGAUGCUCUGACUGAUCCAGUCCAUUGCUGUUCAGUGAUCAUAGAAACUGUGGACACAGGGAACUGUCUUGGCAAUUUGCAGCUCUAUUCCUGAUGCACCACCCUUUCAAAAACCGUACACCAUGUUAAUAAACUUUGAACCCACAAAA